CACCCACAAAAAAAAUGAAGCUUGAAGAAGAAAAGCGGUUCGCGCUUCUCCUUGCUGCGAAGGACUCUGAUUAUGUUAAGAAAAUGUACGGGGGCUACUUCAAUGUAUUUGUGAAAGCAUUUGGAGAUGAAGGAGAACUAUGGGAUCUCUUUAGAGUGGUCGAAGGAGAGUUCCCUAAAGUCGAGGAUUUGAACAAGUAUGAUGGUUUUGUCGUGAGUGGGAGCCCUCAUGAUGCUUAUGGAGAUGAUUUGUGGGUAACUGAGCUUUGCUCGUUGCUGCAAAAUUUGAUUUCUAUGGACAAGAGAGUGCUUGGUGUUUGCUUUGGCCAUCAAGUUUUGUGCCGGGCUUUUGGCGGGCAAGUGGCAAGUGGUUGCGGAGGAUGGGACCUUGGCGGAGUUAGAAGGACAUCCCUUGCUGUACUUCAAUCAUUGAGUGCCAUCCAAGAUGAGAAGGAUUUCGCUGAAGAGGCAAAGGCAAAAAUGGAGAAAGAAGAAGAUGAUGAUGAUAGGAGGUUUUGGGAGAAGGUAUGCAAGGGUUUCCUCAAGGGGAUAGAAACUAAUUAGACGCUAAAUGAUGAUGACGAUGAUGAUAUUCGAUGUAUCACUUUGAUUACUUUGAAUGUGCAAUUACAUUUACAUCAACUGUAGUGGGUUGCACUUUGAUUGCAAGAAUAACUUGGACUUGAACUGUACUAU